GUAUUCCUGGGAAGAGUACGCAUGAAGCUGCCACAUCCUGACGCUUCCACGCCCGGGGGGCGAUGUUACCCACAAUCCCCGCACAAGGCUGAGUGCCUGCAGGCUGACUCAAGUCCUCUGCUGUGACUCAGUCACUCCCGUCGUUCCGUCUAGCAACCAGCCCCUGUUUUCACACAACAUGCGGUUGCGCGCCACGGUUGCACACGCAUGAGUCAUCAGUGGCGAAGGAGUGUCCACGGUUAGUCACACGUCAGUCUGAGGGAUGGCAAAGAAAUUACAAAAAAACCAAGAGGAAAAGACAACAAAUGAAUCAUUUCAAUAUUUUACACACACACAUAUGACACAUGUAAGCUCAGCAUGAAAGAAAGACAAAGUCUUGUAUUGGUGUAUCCAAAAAUCCUGAAACAAGUGCACCUGGACUAAAUUAUACAAUUUAAGCCAACUGCGAUGGCAAAAAAAAAGAAAAGAAAAUGAAGAAAUGUAACAUUUUUUUCUUUUUUAAUUUCAGAUUUUAUAUUUAUUAUAUAUUUUAUAAUCUUUCGUUUGUAAAGCCCAGAUUCUUCUGACGUAACAGAAAAAUCUGUACAUGGCAACACUAUAAAUUACUUGUGUAUCGUUGUUGUGUAAUUUUAUCACUAAAACAUUUUGUUAUUGCAUUAUUUAUUUUUACCUCUUGAGUAGAGAGAAAAUAAUACAUAUAGAUAUAUUAAAUACAAUCUCAGGAUCUCGAUCUCAAACUUGUACAGACUAAUAACUUUCUUUUUUACCUAUCUAAGACUUGGGGGAAAUAUAUAUAUAUUAUUAUUAUUAAUAUUAUUUUUUUGACCAAUAAAUAAAUAUUUUUUUGUAAUUCCCUUAUUUAUUUUAACAGAACUCACAUUUUCAAUGUACUUAGUCUCACCAAUAGCUUGCACCAAUGUAUAUUGUACAUACAAGUUUUUAACGAACAGACCUUAAGAGAUUUCUCCUUGUUUCUCUGUUCUGCAACAGGUGGCAUCGGUAUAGAGGUGGUAAUGCCACCGUUUCGGUAAAUACCACUUUACAGAAACAAACAAACACAAUCAAACACACACACAAAAAAACGUAUUAUCUAUUAUUCAUACUGAAGUUUUAAAUCUGUAAAAUCAGAAAAAAAAUAUUUAAAUGUUUGUACAAUAACUGUGUUUUUUCUUUAUUUAAUAUCUCGAAACCCCUCCACAGGCGAAAUGGCACAGUCCGAAGUGCCACUUUCCAGCACUCGGUUGCUAGGAGGCGGAGAACGCUUGAAAGCUAGAAAUAAAACGCAGGGAAAACUCUCCAUCACACUUGCCCUGGAAUUGACAGUGAUAACAUGUCUACUUUCAAUAUUUCUGUACCGCAGAGAUUUUUUUUUUUAAUUUUUUUUUCACCCCCUAGAGGAUUUUCUGUUACGGGACGGUACAGCAGGAAAGCAUGGAUCUGCUUACUAAUGUUUUGAGUAUAAACCGUUAACUCCAGAUACACACACACACACACAAAAAAACAAAAAACAAAGAACGUGGUUGUAUCAACAAUGUCCACCGAGUGCAACGAAGAGACGAUACUGGGCUUUUUGAAGGAGAGAGGAGGCAAGGUGAAGAACGCGGACUUGGCAGAGUAUUUUAAAAGCGUUUUCCCGGAGGACCCGCCGGACGGGAGGGCGGCUGCUCGGGAGAAAUUUAAAAACUGCGUCGACGCCGUUGCUUUCGUGAAAAGUGAGAACGGGGUCAAAUACGUCUGCCUGAAGAAAAAGUUCCGCGCUCCGUCGAGUGGCGCGUCGGGUGUCGGAAGGGAGAGAGAGUCGCUUGAAAUCCGCUCCACCUGUUCGGACCCCGUGGCCGGCUGCGCCGAUGACGCAGUGGCAGCUGGGGAACCGUACCUGUCUCGCGCUGCAGGUUCACGAGCGCCUGGCUCAGGUUACGGAAAUGACACGCGGGGAGUUCCGCAUUACAUCGCCUCUGAAAACACUUUUCCGGAAAAAACUGAGCAGAAAAUUAAGUGUCAUGAGUUUGUCUGCGUAGUGGAUGAAGUUGACGGCAGCUCAGGUGAGAUGGGGAACAGGGGGAGCUUUAGUCGAGAGGGGAGGGUCUCCAAGAAGGAGCAGGAUGGGAAAGUCAUCGACAUACCAACAAUUGCAGUGAUUGAAGCUUCCCCACUUCCUGCAGAAGAGUCUGCGUUCACCCUGCCUGGGCCUGCACAAACUGGUACUACAGGAAAGGUAGACGGAGCCACUCCUGGACUCGACGGCACAGGCAGACAAGCGGAGACUCAUACGUUUUCUGCGGAAGGCCCUAAAGAAGCAGAGGAUCUGAAUGUGACCAGAUGUCAGAACCCCGAAGGUCCCCAAGGUGGAUUUGCAUCCGGACAGGUGGAAUCGGACGACGGGGAGGACGAGAGACAGCUGGAUGCGUGCAGUUUGUCUGGGAGCGAAGGCACCCCGAAAGGCAGCCGGAAACACUUCCUGGAGCUCAUGAUCAACAGUUCCCCCCAGCUGAGGCGCAGCGUGGCGUUGCGCAACUCCGUUUACCUCUCCUCCCGGUACGACAGCGACUCCUCCAGCCUGGACGAAGACAGGGCGCACGUGACCCUGGAUCCCGUGGAGCACGAGUGGAUGAUGUGUGCCUCCGACGGGGAGUGGGGCAGCCUGCGCAACCUCCUUGACACGGAGCCAGGUCUCGUCCUCAAGAAGGAUUUCAUCACUGGAUUCACCUGUCUGCACUGGGCCGCCAAGCACGGCAAGCCUGAGCUGAUAGCCCUGAUCAUUAACUUUGCCAAGCAGCACGACAUCCCCAUCAGCGUCGAUGUCCGGUCCAGCGCCGGCUACACGAAGAGGAUUGCUAAAAAGCUGCUCAACAUCACGUUCUACAAGUCGACAGAAAGUAUCUAA